AUGCUGCGCCGGGUACCCACCUCCACAGUGCUGCUCCCGCUGUUGGCCCUGCUGCUGGGGGCUGCCUCCUCGGCUCCCCUGGCGCCCAGACCCUCCAAAGAGGAGCUAACCCGCUGUCUAGCGGAGGUGGUCAUGGAGGUGCUGACACUGGGCCAGGCCCAGAGAGGCCCCUGCACAGCUCUGCUCCACAAAGAGAUAUUCGAGACAGAGCCCCGUGGCUGUGUGUCCCUUGAGGAGAAGAGGAUGCUGGGUGGGCAGUUCAACAAGCAGGAGGCUGGAGAGAUGAGGUCCAGCCAGGAGAUAAGGGACAAGGAAGAGGAGGAAGCAGAGAGGACCCACGAGUCUGAGGUGCGGGAACAGGCCAUCCACACACAGCUCCACAGCCGGCUCCAUCAGGAGGAGGAGAAGGAGGAGGAAGAGAAGAGCCAGCCAGGGAAGGCCUUGGAGCGUAUGUGGGAGCAGCAAUUAGAGAGUGCCAGGGGCCCCCAGAAGCGGGUGGCUGAGAAGGCCAAUGAUGAGGAGACGGCCCAGUUUCGGGCAGAGGAGAAGGGCAUGCAGCUGCUGGACGGAGGCCGCCACCUGUGGCAGGGGGCCGAGAUGGCCGGGGCAGAAGGGCGUGAAGGGUCCUCAAGCCACCAUCGCCACCCGGAGCAGCCAGGCACCAAGGCCAAACAGGAGGAAGAGGCAGAGGAAGAAGAGGAAGAUGAUGUGGAACGGCUAGAGCGCAUGAAGGAGCAGCUAAAGAAGGCCACCGCCAUGCUGGGAGAGGCACUUGGGAGGGAAGGCUAACCCCUCGCCACUCUCCUCCUUUCCCAUACUCCCUAAGGCUCAGACAGUUGCCCUCAGAGCCCCCAAUCCACCUGGCAUCCUGCUCCACUUCCAGCUGGCAGGGACUGGUGUACAAGGGUGUGCCUGAGAACCGAGUCUGAGAGAAGUCUGA